GCGCGCAUGCCUUUUUCAAGGUGGAUUAAGCCGCUGUAGGAGGAUCACAGAAUUACCACGGAGCGACACGUUUGCUUUUUUCCUUGUGGACAAAAGAGCCUCAGUACAGCCGAAGGAGGAAGGAAAGGACCAUUCCUUUCAAAUUUGGAGCGUUGAUGGAAUGGGACCGACUGAGGACGAGAGAACGCUGCAGGCAUGUCAUAUGGCUUAAGAGUGACAAGUCAGACUGAACUUUGCUUGUUUGGUUAUGUGUGCACAUGAAGUGUGAGAUACACCAUGGGAGCGGUGCUAAGCUGGUUUUCGACUCACGUUUACUUCUUGGUGCUGGAUACAGCUUGCACAUUGAUCCACAGAAAACCAAAAGAAUGCCUCGAAGGACGCCCUCAACGAUGUCAAGGAUGUGGAAGAGAUGAUGCCGGCUUAGUUGACAAAGUCUUCGAAGUGAGCCCGAAAAGAACGACGGGAGGCUACGCUCGGGGACCCCGGAGCGACUCGAGGACGACUCGCACGCAUUCGAUUUCAGAUCUUCGUCAGGAGUCGGAUGAUUCUCUGGAUGCCCUGGUGGGACUCGAGAACGUCCACGAACACUUCUGCCCCCUUCAAAGUAAAAGCAGAAGGCUGAAAGCACUUUCGCUUCAGCACAACAACCGGAGGAAGGUCUUUGCCACGCGCGGGCUCACAAAACGCAAGAACAACUCGGGCCAUUCUGCUCCUCCUUUCAAGUUCGGCACCGGAGACUCGUGUUCGAUCGAUGACCGAGGCUUUCCGAAAGCAGAGAACAAGACCAAAUCGGCACGAAAGCAACAGCAAUCAAGUCGCGAUGGAGUUUGCGUUGACGUCGGUGAAAAAAUGGAGCCAAAUGGAAACAAAGCCGCGACCUUGAAGGCAAAGCCCAGAGUUCCCGCCGCACCCGAUGAGGAUUUUUUCUCUUCUUCUCGAUGGCUCAAGGAUCACGCUUUCUCCCGGAGCACCCCGAUUGGUCUGGAUUGUCUAGGCCGGAGAAGGCGCUUCUCAAACUUUUCGCCUCUGCCCGAUGGGGGCUCCCACAAGUCCAGGUCCGGAGAAGAGCUGGGCAGCGAGGAAGACUUGCUGUACGAAGACUUCUGCGCUUCCGCUCACUGUUUCGGACAUCCGGGAGGAGGCGGCGGGGAGCAGCUGGCUGUCAAUGAGCUCAUCGGCGACGGCAACGUGGUGUACGCCGAGGCGCUCUGGGAUCACGUCACCAUGGACGAGCGAGAGCUCGGCUUCAAGGCCGGCGACGUCAUCCAAGUGGUGGACGCCACCAACAAGGAGUGGUGGUGGGGCCGCAUCGGAGACAAUGAGGGAUGGUUUCCGGCCUGCUUUGUUCGGUUGCGCGUGAACCAGGACGAGCCCGCAGAGGACUUGAACGCCCACCUGGAGACGGACGAACGGGCCGGGGCCAAAGAAUGGCCGGGACUCGGAUCGUACUCGGGACCCGGGCUGCCCGGCAAGGAGCAGAUGAGGGCCAACGUCAUCAAAGAGAUCAUGAGCACGGAGCGAGAUUACAUCAACCACCUGAAGGACAUCUGCGAGGGUUACAUCAAGCAGUGCCGCAGGAGGACGGACAUGUUUACGGAGGAGCAGCUUUGCAGCAUCUUCGGCAACGUGGAAGAGAUCUACAAGUUCCAGAGAAAGUUCCUGCGGAUCCUGGAGAAGAAGUACGACAAGGAGCAACCCCACCUGAGCGAGAUCGGCCGCUGCUUCCUGGAAGGCCAAGUCCAUUUUCAGAUCUACUCCGAGUACUGCAACAACCACCCCAACGCCUGCGUCCAGCUCUCCUCGCUCACGAAGGCCAGCAAGUACGUGUUGUUCUUCGAGGCCUGUCGACUCCUGCGGAAGAUGAUCGACAUUUCCCUGGACGGCUUCUUGCUGACGCCGGUUCAGAAGAUCUGCAAGUAUCCCUUGCAGCUGGCCGAGCUGCUCAAGUACACCAACCCGGGGCACAGGGAGUACCGGGACGUGGAGGCCGCCCUGGACGCCAUGAGGAACGUGGCCAGGCUCAUCAACGAAAGGAAGCGGCGCCUGGAGAAUCUGGAAAAGAUCGCCCGCUGGCAGGGCUCCAUCGAGGGCUGGGAGGGUGCCGACGUGUUGAGCAGGAGCUCCCAUCUCAUCUUCUCGGGAGAGUUGACCAAAGUGUCUCCGCCGCACGCCAGGAGUCAACAGAGAAUGUUUUUCCUCUUUGACCAUCAGAUCGUCUAUUGCAAAAAGGAUCUCCUGCGCCGCGACACGCUCUAUUACAAAGGCCGCCUGGACACGGACCGCAUGGAGAUCACAGACGUCCAGGACGGCAAAGAGAAUCACUUGAACGUCAGCGUGAAAAACACGCUGCGGCUGCGAUCGCCGUCCGGCGAGGAGGUGCACCUCCUGUGCGCCAAGAAGCCCGAGCAGAAACAGCGCUGGCUUCGAGCCUUCGCCGAAGAGAGGAGGCGAGUCCGGUCCGACCGGGAGACAGGUUUCGCGCUCACCGAAGAGCAGAAAAAACAGGCCAUCGCCAACGCCUGCAAAAGCCGCCCGGCCGGCAAACCCAAAGCGGCGAGCAGAGCGUACUGCGACUUUGUGCUGAGAGCGAAAGAGCCGGCCCUCGCCGCGGCCUUGCCGCCGCAGCGCGUCUUCAUGCUGGAGGAACCCAAGCGCAAAGCCUCUGCCUUCUGGCACAACAUCAGCAGACUGACGCCCUUCAAGAAGUGAUACGCAAGGGAAGCCGUCUUGCUUCUUUGCCUGCCCUCGAGGAAACGUGGACAGUU